AAAUUUUUUUCUUUUGUUCUCUUGAAAUUGUGAAUUCACCAAACAAAAAAAUGGGGGUUGAUAGUGAAUUGAAAAAGAAGAAAUGCAUCAUUGCUGGGGUUAUCACGGCCUUGCUCGUUAUCAUGGUUGUCGCUGUCGCCAUCAUAACAUCAAGACACACCAGUGAUAAUUCAAACAAAAUUGCCCCUGUGCAGAUUAAAACAACCACAACGGCAGUCGAAGUAGUUUGUGCACCUACUGAUUACAAAGAGACUUGUGUCAACAGUCUAAUGAAAGCUUCUCCUGACUCCACUCAGCCUCUUGACCUCAUUAAACUUGGCUUCAACGUCACUAUUCGCUCCAUUAAAGAUAGCAUCAAGAAAGCUUCCGCGGAGCUGAAAGCCAAGGCAGCCAACGACAAGGAGACCAAAGGGGCUUUGGAGUUGUGUGAGAAGCUUAUGAAUGAUGCUACUGACGAUCUAAAGAAGUGUCUUGAUAACUUUGAUGGGUUCUCAAUUACUCAGAUUGAGGACUUUGUCGAAGAUCUUCGUGUUUGGCUUAGUGGCUCCAUAGCGUAUCAACAAACAUGUAUGGAUACUUUUGAGGAGAUUAAGUCAAACCUUUCCCAAGAUAUGCACAAAAUCUUUAAAACAUCUAGAGAACUCACAAGUAAUGGCCUUGCCAUGAUUACUAACAUCUCUAACCUUCUUGGAGAGUUCAACAUCACCGGAUUAACCGGAGAUCUCGGGAACUACGCAAGAAAACUUUUAUCUACGGAAGACGGUAUCCCAAGUUGGGUAGGACCAAACACUCGACAGCUCAUGGCAACGAAAGGAGGUGUGAAAGCUAAUGUGGUAGUGGCGCAAGACGGAAGUGGUCAGUACAAGACUAUCAAUGAGGCCUUGAAUGUUGUGCCUAAAGCCAACCAAAAGCCAUUUGUUAUCUAUAUUAAGCAAGGUGUCUAUAACGAGAAAGUUGACGUCACCAAGAAAAUGACUCACGUCACUUUUAUUGGUGAUGGACCAACCAAAACUAAGAUCACUGGUAGUCUCAACUUUUACAUCGGCAAGGUUAAGACAUACCAUACUGCCACUGUUGCGAUCAAUGGUGAUAACUUCACGGCGAAGAACAUCGGGUUUGAAAACACUGCCGGUCCCGAAGGACAUCAAGCUGUGGCCCUAAGAGUAUCGGGGGACUACGCCGUUUUCUACAACUGCCAGAUCGAUGGUUACCAAGACACACUCUACGUCCAUUCACAUCGUCAGUUCUUCCGUGAUUGCACAAUCUCUGGCACCGUUGACUUCAUCUUCGGCGAUGCAAAAGUUGUCUUACAAAACUGUAACAUUGUAGUGAGAAAACCCAUGAAAGGUCAGUCUUGCAUGAUCACAGCCCAAGGCCGGACCGAUGUACGUGAAUCCAGCGGAAUAGUGCUACACAACUGCCACAUUACCGGAGAACCGGCGUACCUUCCCGUAAAAUCGAUAAACAAAGCAUAUCUUGGAAGGCCAUGGAAGGAGUUCUCAAGAACCAUAAUAAUGGGAACAACCAUAGACAACAUUAUUGAUCCAGCGGGAUGGCUUCCUUGGAAUGGUGAUUUUGCACUCAACACGCUUUAUUAUGCUGAGUAUGAGAAUAAUGGGCCUGGGGCAGACCAAGCCCAACGUGUUAAGUGGCCUGGAAUUAAGAAGCUUUCACCUAAGCAAGCUCUUCGAUUUACUCCAGCUAGGUUUUUACGUGGUAACUUGUGGAUUCCACCAAAUCGUGUGCCUUACAUGGGGAAUUUGCAGUAGAUUCCAAUUGGUGAAUUUUCUUUUUCCACUUUCUAUGUUCUCUUUAAAAAAAGUAAAUUUGAAGGUGAAUAAGUACUUGAUAAGUAA